UGAAAUGGUUAAAAGAAGUUUGUCGCUCGUGUUUUUGAGAAAGUUCCACAAAUCGUCGCGUGGAUUAAAAUUGCCAGAGAAAUAUUUCAUCACGACUCCGAUUUAUUAUUUAAAUGCCGAACCUCACAUUGGACAUUUGUAUUCAAAUGUUUUGGCAGACACAGUCAGCAGAUGGUACAAAUUUCUUCAAGUCCCAACUUAUUUCUCUACAGGAACUGAUGAACAUGGAAUUAAGGUUUUCCAUGCAGCUUCAAAGCUGAACAAACCUGUCCAAAUUUUUUGUGACGAUCUGUCUCACAAGUUUCAGAAUCUUUUUGACAAAGCUCUGAUUGAUUACACAACCUUUGUGAGAACGACCAGUCCCCAGCACUGCAGAACGGUUGAACAUGUUUGGAACAAGCUGGAGAGUAGAGGAUUGAUUAUGGAGGGGUCAUAUGAAGGAUGGUACUGUGUGUCAGAUGAGGCAUUUGUCAGUCAGGAUCAAGUCAUGCAGGUUCAGGAUGAACAUGACUCCAACAGAAUGGUGAUGAUAGAGAAUGGAAAUGCAGUGGAGUGGGUGAAGGAGAAGAAUUUCAUGUUUCCACUUUCCAAGUUUACAGAUCGACUUAUUCAAUGGCUUGACACAAAAGUUAUUCAGCCCGACUUGUACACCCUUCCACUCAAACAAUGGAUUAAAAGUGGACUUCCGGAUUUGUCCCUGUCUCGACAGAGUGACAAAUGUCAAUGGGGCAUUCCUGUCCCCGGUCAUCCAAGUCACACGAUAUACGUGUGGCUGGAUGCUGUGGUAAAUUAUUUAACAGCAGCCAAUUAUCCACUGGAAGAUGAUAGCAUCUGGCCUGCUGACUGCCAUGUUGUCGGCAAGGAUAUUAUCAAGUUCCAUGCGGUGUACUGGCCUGCAUUCCUCAUGGCACUUGAUCUGCCUCUCCCCAAAAAGAUUCUCUGCCAUUCACACUGGCAGGUCAACAAAGAAAAGAUGUCAAAAAGCCGUGGUAACGUGGUAGAUCCCGUGGACCGUCUGGGGAGGUACUCAGCAGAUGGAUUGAGGUACUAUCUCAUGAAGGAUGGCAGCAUUCAAUAUGAUUCUAACUAUAGUGACAGCAGAGCUGUGGAGUGCAUCAACUCUGAUUUGGUGAAUACAUUGGGCAAUUUAUUGAGCAGAUCAACAGGUCAGAACAUCAAUCCUAAACAAAUAUUUCCUUCAUUUGACAAGGACGUCUUCGAAUCACUUGUCACUGAAGCAGAUAGGAAGGUUCUCUUCCAACUUUAUCAAAUCGCAGAUCAGGUGAACAUUCAUUAUCAAAACUUUGCCAUAAAUCGAGUUAUCGAAACAGUCAUGUCCCGAUUGUAUGAUGCAAAUGCUCUCUUCCAGCACUACAAGCCAUGGUCGCUAAACGAACGGGAGUGUCAAUGCAUACUUCACAUUUCUCUCGAAGCUGUCAGAGUUGCGUGUCUAGCUCUUCAACCCAUUAUUCCCAAUUUGUCUGACAAAGCGUUGAAAAGGUUAGGAAUUGAGGACAAUGAAAGAUCGUGGUCUGACAUAAUUCAUCCAAUCAACAUGCAAGGUUUCCAUGGGUCAAGGUCGCUGGGUCGGCACACGGGACCUCUGCUCGAGAGGUUGAAGACUUGUGGUGCUGAAAAUGUUAAUAAAAGACGUGGACCCUGAUUGACAAAUUUAGAAUCAUGUUCUGACAUUUUUAAUAAUGAAAUUUUUAUAAUUUCUGUGAUUAACAUUUACCAUUUAUGUGUUUGUAUGUGUACGACUGACUUUUCAUGAUAAAAUUAGGUUACUUUUUGAAUUCAUCAUUACCAAAAACAUAUAUUCAUGCCAAUUGUAA